AUGGUGAGGAAGGCGCCCGGCGGAGGGAGCCGGCUGCUGGCUUGGGUGGUGUGGCUGCAGGUGUGGCGGGUGGCGGCCCCGUGCCCGGGGGCCUGCGUGUGCUACAACGAGCCCAAGGUGACCACAGGCUGCCCCCAGCAGGGCCUCCAGGCCGUGCCCGACGACAUCCCCGCGGCCAGCCAGCGCGUCUUCCUGCACGGCAACCGCAUCGCCCAGGUGCCGGCCGCCGCCUUCCGCGCCUGCCGCAACCUCACCAUCCUGUGGCUGCACUCCAACGCGCUCACCCGCAUCGACGCCACCGCCUUCGCCGGCCUGGCCCUCCUGGAGCAGCUGGACCUCAGCGACAACGGGCAGCUGCGCGCCGUGGACCCCGCCACCUUCCGCGGCCUGGGCCGCCUGCACACGCUGCACCUGGACCGCUGCGGCCUGCGGGAGCUGGGCCCCGGCCUGUUCCGCGGCCUGGCCGCCCUGCAGUACCUCUACCUGCAGGACAACGGGCUGCAGGCGCUGCCCGACGACGCCUUCCGAGACCUGGGCAACCUCACGCACCUCUUCCUGCAUGGCAACCGCAUCCCCAGCGUGCCCGAGCGCGCCCUGCGCGGCCUGCACAGCCUCGACCGCCUCCUGCUGCACCAGAACCGCGUGGCCCGCGUGCACCCGCACGCCUUCCGCGACCUCGGCCGCCUCAUGACGCUCUACCUGUUCGCCAACAACCUCUCGGCGCUGCCCGCCGAGGCCCUGGCGCCCCUGCGCGCCCUGCAGUACCUGAGGCUCAACGACAACCCCUGGGUGUGCGACUGCCGGGCCCGCCCGCUCUGGGCCUGGCUGCGCCAGUUCCGCGGCUCCUCGUCCGAGCUGCCCUGCAGCCUGCCCCGCCGCCUGGCCGGCCGGGACCUCAAGCGCCUGGCGGCCACGGACCUGGAGGGCUGCGCCUCCCGCGCCGCCUGGACCGGCGGGCCCGCCGACGAGCCGCUGCUGGGGCUCCCCAAGUGCUGCCAGCCGGACGCCGCCGACAAGGCCUCGGUGCUGGAGGCCGGGAGCCCGGCCUCGGCGGGCAAUGCGCUCAAGGGACGCGUGCCGCCGCCCGGCGACAGCCCUCCGGGCAACAGCUCCGGCCCCAGGCACAUCAACGACUCCCCCUUCGGGACCCUGCCCGGCUCGGCCGAGCCCCCGCUCACCGGGCUGCGGCCCCAGGGCUCGGAGCCACCGGGCCUCCCCACCGUGGGGCCCCGCCGCCGGAGGCCGGGCUGCUCCCGGAAGAACCGUACCCGCAGCCAGUGCCAUCUGGGCCAGGCGGGCGGCGGGGGCGGGGGCUCGGGCGAGGCAGAGGGCUCGGGGGCCCUUCCCGGCCUCGCCUGCAGCCUCGCCCCGCUCGGCCUGGCGCUGGCGCUGUGGACCAUGCUCAGGCCCUGCUGA